AUUACACAUCUCUUACACCGUUAUUAUACUGCUGCUCUGGAAUGCGGGCCGCGCUCUCUUCCACACACGCACUUCACGGAAACUCCGAGGGAGGGAAGAGAGAGCGCGGCGCUGCGCAGUGCGAUGACGGUGGGACUGCGAGACAGGUGUUUGAGACUGGCUGACGGCAACCAUGUGUUCCAUGAAUCAUCCAAACUGGGUGACUUUUGAGGAUGAGAGCAGCCCCCUCCCAUCCCCUCAGAAACCUCUUCAAUCUCCAGCAGCUAGCUCAGGGUCCGUGCCCAGGCCCAAUGGGCUAAAACUGACCGUUCCCUCUGCGAGCGACUCCUCCUGGAGCUUUUCCAGCCCGCUGGACUCACCCCAAAUGCACUUUAAUUUCAACGGAAGCUCUUGUGUGCCCAGUAACACUCCCCUAUGCACACCAGUGAGGGAGACCCCCAGCACUCCAUCCCCCUUUUAUUAUGGACCCCAGGGAGGGCCGAGCCUUUUCCACAGCUUCUCCAACACAUCCACUGCCUCCAUGUCCUCACCAACCCCUGAACUGUCCACACCGCAGUCUGCGGGCCCCCACAGUGCCAACCCAUUAGAUGGAUCGAGUUUUUUCUCAGACCUCUCGGGUCACUUCAGCCCCUUCUGGGGGGAUGGGUGUCCCGAGUCUGGCAGCUCAUCCUCGGACUCGGACUCGGGCUCUGGCAUGCCCCGCUUCUUUAUCAGGGCCAAGGACAGCUACGAACCAUCGCGCCUCCAGAACUCCUACUCCUAUAUCUGCGAGAAGCUGGAGCGCCUCCGUGCUGAGGCUGAGAAUGGCGGCGAGAAAGACGGGGAGGAAGGCAGACGAGGAGGAGAAGUCAGGCCAUCUCCCCUUGCAGAAGGGGUGAAGGCAGAUGAGCUGAAGGGACGUCCCUCCUUUGUUCCCCAGGGCCUAUUCCACAGCCAGCAGCAAGACGGCUGGGCUCUAAUGCUGCGCAUUCCCGAGCGGAAGAACCGAAUGUCCUCCCGGCAGUGGGGGCCCAUCUACCUGCGCCUGCUUCCUGGUGGGGUGCUGCAGAUGUACUACGAGAAAGGGCUGGAGAAGCCCUUCAAGGAGUUCCAGCUGCACCCUUACUGCCGGCUGUCUUCCCCCAAACUGGAGAGCUACCACGAGCCGCGCAAAAUCCAAACCGUGAGAGUGGAGCACGUGUCGUAUGGGGAGCGCAAGCGCUACCACCCGAAGCCUGAGGUGACGCACGAAGCGGAGGCCGAGCAGCUGCUGAAGUUUGGCACCACGGACCACAGGGACAUGGAGGAUCUGAUAGCGUCCGUGGAGGAGGAGCUGAUGAGGCUCCCUGUGAUUUCCCAGCAGCGCAGACACUACGAGGAGCAAGAGCUCUCGCUGAGAAUCAUCGAUCGCCUUUGGAUGCGGCUAGACAAGGAUGGGAACCUGCUGGAGCGGGCGGCCAUCUGCCACAUCUACUGCCUGGCGUUCCUCAACGGGGCUGCCGAGUGCUUCCUGGCCCUCAACGACCUGCAGCUGCUCCGCAGGGACCCCAGCUACGGCUCUGAGGAGGACAACGGAGACAGCUGGAUGGAGAUCGCCAACCACUUCUUCCACAGGUGCGUCAACGAGGGCGAAUUCCAGAAUUCUCGACUGAUUAAGUUCUCCCCACCAGACGCCUGCAAGGUGGAGCUCAUGCGGUACAACACAGUGUCCCCUACAUCCAGCGAGCUGCCUUUCUCUGUGAAGGCAACGGUUACUGUGCAGGGAGCCUACGUGGAGCUGCAAGUCUUCCUCAACAUGGCGCACUCCUUUCCCUCGUCAUCGGGGGGCACCGCUGACUCGCAGCUUCCCUGUGAGAAUAUUCACAUCCGAGUUCCCGUGCCAGAGGACUGGGUCAAGGUGUCCAGCACGGUGAGCUUGCUGAAACAGAAGACCCUGAAGGUCCGCAUGAACCGGAACACCUGCCUGGGCUCGGUGAGCGCUGCUGAUUCCCAGCCUGUCAUGCAAGUGUCGGUCGGAACUGUCAAGUACGAGAAUGUGUACAGCGCCAUCGUGUGGAGGAUCGACAGACUUCCAGCAAAGAACACUGCGAUUGAUCAGCCACAUUCUUUGUGCUGCAAACUGGAGCUUGGUUCUGACCAGGAGAUUCCCACUGACUGGUACCCCUUCAUUACUAUGGAGUUUGAAGUGCCAGAGGCAGUGGUGUCUCGGACCAGGGUAAAGUCUCUGGGCACCGAGAGCGACAUCCAGCCACAGAAGCAUGUAGGCACCAAGGCACACUAUCACUGUCAGGUGGAGAUCGAGAAGAAAUGGAUUGAGACAGAAUCACGGAAGCAGUCCGACUGCACAACACACUGAUGUUCAAUAAUGUAAAGAAGAUUUUUCCCUUCUUCCAGCUUAUCCUUAAGAAACACACCCUGGACACUACUGCACAACAUUUAUCUCCCUGCGACUGAUGUCAAAAUUGGACAUAAGUGGACUUUAUCACAGAGAAACAUAUUUAAAAGGGAUAAGAACUGGGUAUACCAAUGUGUCAUACAGACUUGUGUAAUUCCACAGUAUGUAGUGUACUAUAAUCGAUGAGACAUUUACGUUCCUUUAUAUUCUUUAAUUUCUCAUGCAGAUAAGCUGUUGAUUUGCCACGACACAACAUUCCUUUGGAAUACAACAAUCUGACAACAUGCAGGAAAUAUAAGCACAGGAGCUGAGUAUUGUGUUGCAAUUUCAUUGCUCCCGGUCAUGAGGUUAUCACCAAGCACAGAAGAGUUACUCCUUCUUGUAAAACAGAACAUUCUGUUCUGUUCUCUGUAUAUAGGGGAAAUAACUAGAAAUAAAUUAGAAUCUUAAUAUAUUGCAGUUGCAAGAAAUCCCGAUAAACCUUCAAAGCCAAGCCAGGUGCACUUUUUUCCUUAAACCCUAGAAAAAAUGCUUGGCCCCAACUUGUGACAGUAAGCCUGGGACGUGACUCUGUUUCCACAUGUCUCAGCAUAUGGGAGGCAAGGAAUACUUGUGAGGGAACUGCAAUAAAUCACACGUUUGUGGUGUAUGGUACUCACCUAUGCAAGAUACUUCAGGUUUUGAGCAUGUGAUGCAAUGGUCAGAGCACUGGAUUCUGGAGUGAAGGUUGUAGGUGUGAAUCCUGGAUGGAACGUUGCUGUUGUUCCACUGAGCGAGGCACUUUAUUUCGUGGACUGAAGCGAAAAAUCUGAAGCAUUAAUGGGUUAUAGAAUGUGUAAAAAUGCUACUAUCCGUUAGCCAAGCAGGUAAAUAAAUAAAGAAGCAGAAAUCUAGACACCGUUGGGAAGGAAUUUAAGUUUGGGCUACAAUGAACUCCAUAAAAAUCAAGUUAAUAUUAGGAUGAAUAUUUAAAUGCAGCAUGUUGUUUUGUAACUUAUGGGCAUAUUAAUUGUGCAACUUUGUACCAGGUUAACUGUAAAUGAGUGCUGUAGAUAAUAAUAAUAAUAAUAAUAAUAAUAAAAACAUAUCAGUGUUUCACAGAGGCUGAGCUGGAGAACCAGCCCACUUAGACGACAUGACAUUUGGAGAUCUCCACAGCGCAAGGGCCACAUGUCAUCACAACUAGCUGUGCUUUUUACAAGCUUAUGUAUGAAAGAAUAAUUUUCUUUCCUGUGCAUUUCAGUUUUUAAUAACAAGCUCACAAUUGCAUGUAUGAGGGGGAGCUGUUUUGCACAAGAGCAUCCAUGUGCAAGAAAUCCUGCAAUUCAGAGCUAUGGUUGUAUAAAACGAAACACAAUAUGUGCUGCUGCUCAACAACAAUAAAAAGUUAACCGAUA